GAUUUUGCCGGUUGACGGGUAAAGAGUGAAUCCACCAUAUAGCUAUCUGUAUAGUCGCUUUUCAUUUCUCUGCAGGUCGCAUGCCGAUAAAUCAAAGCGUUUUGACUACAGAUCGUUUAUCGGUCAGUAAAGGCAUCUUUUAGCUCCGAACAAGUAUGGCCAAACAUGCGGUGUUGUCUUCAGGGGCCAAAUUGUGGCGAUCUUUGCCAUGCGCAAAGUCGGAGCUGCGACUGGAGCUCACCCUUGCUUGUGGACAAACUUUCCGCUGGAGAGAAACCGCAGAGGGGCACUGGACUGGAGUCAUAGGGGGGCGUGUUUGGACCCUGACUCAAACAGAAGACACUCUUUGGUACUACGUGUACACACACCAGAGUGGAGCUGGUGGAGAAAACAGCUCAGAAGACUCUCCGAGGGCAGAGUCUGUCAGUGCCUCACACCACUCUGAGGUGGAAGCACAGAUGCUGAGAGACUACUUCCAGUUGCAUGUGAAGCUGGGGGAUCUAUACAAGGAGUGGGGUGCAGCAGACUCUCACUUCAAGAAGAUUUCUGACAUCUUUACAGGUGUGCGGAUGUUGCGUCAGGACCCCAUAGAAUGCCUUUUUUCCUUCAUUUGCACUUCCAACAACCACAUCUCGCGUAUUCAGGGCAUGGUGGAGAGAUUGUGUCAGGCUCUGGGGAGCCCUCUCUGUCAGCUGGAUCAAACCUCCUACCAUGACUUUCCCACACUGUCCGCACUGGCAGACAGCGGUGUAGAGGAACGUCUCAGGGAUCUGGGCUUUGGCUACAGAGCUCGGUUCCUUCAGCAGAGUGCUAAGCAGAUCCUGGACACACACGGGCCCCAGUGGCUUGUUGGUUUACGAAACGUCCCGUAUCUGGAGGCCCGUGAUUCUCUCCGAACCCUCCCUGGAGUUGGCACCAAAGUGGCAGACUGUGUUUGUCUGAUGUGUCUGGAUAAGUGUGAGGCCGUUCCUGUGGACACACAUGUUUGGCAGAUCGCUAAGCGGGACUAUAAAUACACUUCUGAUAACGGACAAAAGACCCUCACAGAAAAAGUUCACAGAGAUAUAGGGGAUUUUUUCAGAAAGCUGUGGGGGCCAUAUGCAGGUUGGGCCCAUUCGGUUUUAUUCUGUGGUGACCUCAAGAAGUUUCAGAACCUCAAAGAAAUGACAGGUUUAAAGCAGCCAAAAAACGAAGAAGAGCUUGAACGAGAGUGCAAGGGACUAAAAAUAAAGAGAGAGUUUGAUUUACAUCAAAAAAAGAAGAAACCCAAGUCGGAACGUCAGAAGAAGGCAAAGAUGUCCGUCAAGACAGAAGAGGUGUGAAACCAUAGAUCUUUGAUCAGAUCAGACAAACAUGCACUGGUAUUAUUGUUUACAAACUUCAUGGAAAUUGGUUCAUGGUUAUAUGAUCUCUUUUUUUUUUUUAUCUGAGGAUACUAUAAAAUAACUUUUAUGACUUUAGAACUAUAAAACGGAGAGUACAGUGUGGAUUGUUUUACAAUAUAGUUAUUAAAAAAAUUAUGAGCCUGUAAAUUUUAAUAUUGAUUGUCUUUUUUAUUUAAAGUAAGCAGAAUAAAGGUAUUUAAGACCCAUUGGUUUAAUAUAAUAUUUGGACCACAAAUGUUGGAUUUUCAUUAGCUUUAUCGUAAUUAACUGGAAUAAAGACUCGAGAACAUCAGUCUGUGUGUAAUUAAGCUACACAAUGUGUUUCACUUAUUGAAUUGAGUUACUCAAAAAAUUAACUUUUCAGUGAUAUUGUAGUUCAUUGAAUGGAUCUGUAUAUAUUGAACCACUACUCUCUUCCAUUGUAAAUUAUUUGAACUGAAACGCUUGAAAAUCGUUGAUCGAAAAUAGAUUUUUAGAAGUUUAAAUUUCUAAUAUAGUUUGUGUUUCCAGCCUUUUCUACCAUGUAAAGUGCUGAAUCAGUGCUUUUGUUGUUGUUGUUUGUUUCUUUGUUUGUUCUCUGCGGGUUCUGCUUCGGCUGUUCUUAACGCCCAGUCAGUCAUCGGACAUCAUUUCUGUCCACUGCUACAAUUUGCUUACUCAGUGAGGAGGAAUGGCUCUAAAGUCUUUCACAGUAUUGUAUUACAACUAGCAUUGAAAUGGAAUGUAUUCCACUAUAUUUGAGUGUGUCUGUAUGGUUGGGUUAAAUUAAAUUCAUAUUUCUAUGCAUUUAUACAAGAACUGGAUGCUUUGAGAUGGAAAGUGCCUUAGAUUAUUAUUUUUUCUAUAAAGAGGAUCUUUAUAAAUAAACAGAAUUGAAUUUAAUGAAAUGUUCUCAACUCAAAUGUUCAAAAAGUUCUUGAAACGUACUUUAAAGAGAAUUAAAUCAUUUCUAAAUGUGGCCAAUUUUAAAUGUGCUAAAAUUGGCCUCUAGAUGGCAGCACAGAUUGAUCUCUAUUAUUACAGAGAGUCCAUGUGGUUUAUUCAGCUUUUUGACACCUUCAUUGGAUGAAUUGUCUCUGCCAGCUUCCUUGACUAAUCGCUUUAAGAACAAUCUAUGGUGUUUGAAGGGAUGGUGGAGAUGCCCACAGGAUGCCACAGCAGUGGGUGUUUCUUCAGAGCAGUCCCUGGAUCAGAGGAGUAUUUCCCUGGAUCAGAGUAGUGUGUUAGCUCAAAAAAAUUAUCCUCGCUGAGUGUUUUGAUGUCCAUAUGUUUAUCCAUAGGCAUUUUCAGACUGUGUCAGCUGAUCUUUUUAUAGCAGAGGUUGCAGUUAUCUGCUGUCAGUGCUCAGGGCUGCUGUGACUGUCUCUGGUGACAGCAUGACCGUCUAGGAGGUUUGAUGUCCAUGUAAAGGAAUGACAGAGCUACUUUUUAGUUUCCUUCUUAUAAGGACUCUUUUUAGAUCUGCACGGCCAUCAGGCUCUAAUGUGAGAAAUGUUUUUUGACGUGUCUUCGAGCAAGCGGAGGCCUAUGUGUGCGGCUGUUUCAUCUGUGGAUGUGCGUGUUGUACAUCCAUAGGACUGUUUUAUUUUUGUGGAGCAGAGUGCAGCCAUGCGAGUUAAUGAGAAUGUGACUCAGCUUUCAUCCUCGCUCCACUUCAGCUGGGCAGAAGCUGCGUCUCUGCUUCAGGCAGAGUCACUGUGAAGAUAAAAAUAAAAAAAAGAGAAGGGGGAUAGGUCAGUGUGUGCAGAAGGUAGGGACCGUGAUGUUGGUGAGGGCACAAAGGACAGCAAAACAACAGUGGCCUGUGCAUUAUGUAAGACGUGUGUCUUGACUUUUGUUGUACCCUCAGGGGUGAUUCAGUUAAAAAGACAUCUUACUGUGCCUACUUUCUCUAGCUUGAGUGUAUGGGACCUUUACCCAUACACUGUUCAGAGGGAAGUUCUCUUGAAAGUGGGUCAUAUGCAAAAAUGGACCUUUCAAAAAAAAUAUUUUUAGAUUUAUUUUGGUUAGCAGUAUGCAGUAGGCUUCCGUGAAAAUAUACUUUAGCUUGGUGAACAAUAAAAGUGUUUAAGUU